AACGUCAUCAGCCGCGUAUUAUUACUACGGUAGAUGAAGUGAUGGAUAUGGAGUGGUUCAUUAGUCUUACUGACUACUGCAAUCCUCCUGGCCCACUGGCUCUCGAUCAUGCCGAGAUGAAUGCUGCCGUUACCGCGGACAGCCUUGUGGUCCCCCACGUCGUCCAUGAAUGCCUCUUUGAUCGUGUGCGACACUUCAUAAGUAACGUGUGGAACAUCAGCAGCAUGAAGCAUGGGAAGAUAGUGAAGGACUUACUAGGACUGUGCGUGGACUUCGACGAGACCUCGGCCAGCGGUAGCUCGCCGUAUAAGGAUGUGAUCCUCACUGCAUGUGAGGAGAGGAUCAAACGAGCACUCGAGGGGCUCAUUGUCUCACACGACCAGUGGAUGGCAAGUACUCCUUCAGUGAGACUGCGCAUCACCCGAAGGAUGGCCAAGAUAUUCUCAUGCGUAUCCUUCGUCGGGACCCCCUUCCUCCCGCUGGCUACAGUUCACAUCGAUCAACUGCUCAUUCACGGGGUUCUUGAUCGACUAGGCGCCCUUAAUGAUGCUGACGAUGCGAAGGAGAUACUGGAGAGAGUUCUGCGGGCUAUACCAGAGCAUUGGCUGUUCCAGAUGACCCCCGAAGCUCGAGAUUCUCUCAGAGGGUCGUUGCAAGCUGCCUGCAAGAAGUUCGAGGUCGAUAUCAGUACACACUGCGGUGUUGAAUGUAUCACUAGAUCAGCGUGA